UCAGAGUCUUCCUGUUGUAUGACUGUAUAUUCAGAGUAAUGUUGAGGAGUGUUGUUAUUUACCGUACAUUUACUGUAGCUCCGAUUUUGAAACAGUUUUUGGUUUACAGUCAGAGAGGUAUGGGCAGUUUAAAUAAUGAAAACCGUUCCAUUCAUUCUGAUAAUAUCGAGGAAGUUCAUAACAUCCCAAUGGAGGUGAUCGUUAGACCUAUUCCUUCAGUUCUGGAUGAGCAGAAAGUUCAGAGUCUCAUGGAGACAAUACAGGAGACCACUGACAUCAGAGUUGUCCCUCCUAUAGAUGUAUUGUGGAUCACAGGAGAAAAAGGAGGUAACUACUACUACUCGUUUGGAGGCUGCCAUAGAUUUGCUGCUUACCAGAGACUACAGAUGAAAACCAUCCCAGCCAAGAUUAUCAAAUCCAACGUUUCAGACCUACGUACAUACUUGGGAGCAUCAACCCCUAAUCUACAGUGACUAACAGAGUUGGAUAUUGAGGAUGUUGUUAUUUUACCACAAGUUUAUAAAUGCAUCAUGUCUGCUACAGAUAUAGCAAGCUGCCUCACAAUCCAUUUUCCAGCAGGAAGCUUUCAGAUGCAAAUGUGUGGGCCAGCAUUACCUGUUCUACAAGAGAGUCAACUGACAUGUAAAGUUUUAAUAUAUUUUCUGGUCAAACAUUCUAGCCAUUCACUCUUUUAUUCAAAAACAAUAAAUAUUUAUUGAAAAUAA